CAGGCAAUUCCAUGUGCCCACAUGGCGCUGCUCAUAUCAUAAUACUCCUUUCGCACACAAACACAUACUAAAAUAUACGUACAAUUAUAUACACACUCUCCCUCUCGCCUUCCGUUUGUGCAUCUUCAUAUCAUAUUGUUAAUUUCCAAAUCAAAUUUCUGUUAAUUAAAUAAAACCCUCCACAACCCAGAAAGUUAAUUCAGUUUCUUGAACUUAUUCGAAAAAUACUGCAAAAAUGGAGAAGAACAGUGAUGGGUUUGUAAGGGCAGAUCAGAUUGAUUUGAAGAGUUUAGAUGAGCAACUUGAGAGGCAUCUCAGUAGAGCUCGGACUAUGGAGAAAAACAAGAAAAAUCAAGAAGAUUUCCCCAUGACCGCAGCCGCCGCCACUACCACCACCACAAUCGGCGGCGACGGCGACGGCGGCGCUAAUAGGAGGCAGAGACACGAGUGGGAGAUUGACCCCUCUAAGCUAAUCAUCAAGGGCGUCAUUGCACGUGGCACUUUUGGGACUGUACACCGUGGCAUAUAUGAUGGUCAGGAUGUUGCCGUUAAACUGUUGGACUGGGGGGAAGAGGGCCACAGGACAGACGCUGAGAUUUCAUCAUUAAGGACAGCUUUUACUCAAGAAGUUGCAGUUUGGCAUAAACUCGAUCAUCCUAAUGUAACUAAGUUUAUCGGGGCAACAAUGGGUUCUUCAGAACUUAAUAUUCAAACGGAAAAUGGUCACAUUGGGAUGCCCAGUAAUAUAUGUUGUGUUGUCGUUGAAUAUCUUCCUGGAGGUGCUUUGAAAUCUUACCUUAUAAAGAACCGGAGAAAGAAGCUUGCAUUCAAAGUAGUUGUACAGAUUGCACUCGAUCUUGCCAGAGGGUUAAGUUACCUUCACUCACAGAAGAUUGUUCACAGAGACGUUAAAACAGAAAAUAUGCUGUUAGACAAGAACCGCACUGUGAAAAUAGCAGAUUUUGGAGUUGCCCGUGUUGAAGCCUCGAAUCCAAAUGACAUGACGGGAGAAACCGGGACCCUUGGCUACAUGGCUCCCGAGGUUCUCAAUGGCAACCCGUACAAUAGGAAAUGUGAUGUAUACAGUUUUGGCAUCUGUUUGUGGGAGACGUAUUGUUGUGACAUGCCGUAUCCCGACCUUAGUUUCUCAGAAGUGACAUCAGCAGUCGUUCGCCAGAACCUAAGGCCCGAGAUACCUAGGUGUUGCCCGAGUUCCCUUGCUAAUGUGAUGAAACGAUGCUGGGAUGCCAACCCAGAUAAGAGGCCAGAAAUGGAUGAGGUAGUUUCCAUGUUAGAGGUCAUCGACACAUCGAAAGGUGGAGGAAUGAUCCCUCAUGAUCAACAACAAGGUUGUUUCUGUUUUAGGAAGCAUCGCGGGCCUUGAAAUUUUAUGCUCAGGCUGAUUUUCGACUAUGUUUCUUAUAGCUCCAUUUCCUAACAUUGAACUCAUAAUUAUGGAAUUUCUGAGCCAAAAAACUCUACAAUGACAAGAUGUGUUGUAAAUCUUUUGGUUGGUGUAUAUCUUAUUUGAUUAUUUGCUUCUAUAUUGCAUUUGCUUAUGUUCUAGCGUCCCUUUUUUUUCUUUUUCUUUUUCUCUCUUGUACUAGAAAUAAUGUUAUAAACCUGUGUAGUGAAGGCUUAAAUUA